CAAGACUCGAAAAACUUCAAUAUCUGAUCUGGCAUACGACGCAUUUGGCAACAUUGGUUUACGUAUCGUAGGAUUCUUCUUUACUGCUAUAAGCAUAGGAUGUUCUAUUCUUUAUCUAGUCUUGGCCGGUGAAAGUCUUCAACCUUUGUUUGUAAAUAUUGGAAUUGAUUUGGGUAUGACGAAUUGGAUUUAUAUUUGCUCUGCCACUAUGGCCGUGCCUUUUUUAUUUUUAAAGACCAUGAAGGAGGCUGCUUGGUUAAGUGUUUUCGGUGCAUUAACAACUGCGCUUGCCGUAUUUGUUGUUUUUGUGAAGUCAAUUAUGGAAUAUUCCCCAAGUGAGCCUACUCAACAUGAUUUUGUGAACUUUCGCGAUAUACCCCUCGCAAUGGCAACUUUCAGUUUCAGUUAUGCCGGAAAUAUAGUUUUUCCUCAUGUCGAAGCAAGCAUGAAACAUCCACGCUCAUGGCCAACAAUUUAUAUCUAUGCCAUGUGUACAGUCACAUUUAUGUACCUAUUAAUUGGCAUUCCUGCUUAUAUAACUUAUGGUCAUACAACUCUUUCUCCAAUAUACUUAAACCUUCCACCAGGUUUUGCUGUAACAACGUCGAUUCUAAUGAUGACAGCUCAUGUCUUAUUAGCUUUACCAAUCUAUCAAACAGCUUUUAGUUUAGAAAUAGAAGAUUACCUGGGUAUUAGUGUUGAAAAUUUUGAUAUUGAGUUUUUACGUUUACCUAUUCUAGACGAAAUUUGGCGAAAUCCUGUGAUGAAGAGCGAUGAAAGACUCAUG